CUAAAUCUCAGGAGCGAGAAGAAGAUGGAGAUUGGUUGUCCGUGUCAUGGUGAGGAGUUCAUCAGCUUUUGGAUAAGAAUUGUAUGUACCAAAACUGCUGCAGGUAAGCGCACAAGAGCUUGGGAUAUCGUCUUUUCUGUUCAUGGCUUGCAUGCUUGGUUCCACUUCCAUCCUCCCGAGAAGGCAUACAACAACGCCUGUAAGCCUCUUUGACUGGGGGAAGCGCCGGAAAGCAGAGGAGAAACCUCCACACAAGUACCAUGACAUCGAUCUCCCCUGCUCUCGAUCACUAGUGGCCAACACGCACCUGAGAGGUAGGGAGCUGAAAUGCUGCUACAGGGCCUCCAUCGACGGCUUCAGCGCCGUCGACUUCCACCGCUGCUGCGACUUCAAGGGCCCUUGUGUGGUGGUGGGCUACACCACCACGUCCUUCAAGUUCGGAGCAUUCAACCCCGAGGGAUACAGGAGCACCGACGACUACUACGACACUUUCGACGCCUUCCUCUUCUACUGGAAGGAGGCCGGUGGCUCUGCAGCAGCGGACGAUCCGGUCAUACUGCCCAAGGUCGGCGGCAGCGGCGCCGCUAUUUUCGAUUACGCGAGAGGCGGCCCGCAGUUCGGAGCUGACGGCCUACUCAUCGGCCCGCCGCUUACGCCGGUGAUGGGUGUCUUCACGGGGCCGGACGCAAGCUCCGGCGUCGGUGAUCUGAGACAAGCCAAGUCCAGGUUGGGGCUGUCUUAUGCGAAGAGGGAGGACGGGAAGGAGUCGGUGUUUGGAGACGUGCCUAAAGCGACUCUUGUUGAGGUGCAGGUCUUCUGUUGCCCGCAGAUUGCAAGCUUGUACUGAGUAGAAGCCUUCCAAUAGCUAAUUUGGCAUGAUUUGGUGGAUAAAGUAUAUUGUAACACCGAGUAAUCAUGUGUAGUGCCAUGAAAAGUAUUAAGAUCACAAUAAUGGAGCUCUGUGCUGAAAUAAUGAGCACAAAGAGGUUUUGGAACCAA